AUGUACGCUCCAAAAGCCGCCAACAGGGAACUCUCGCCCCUCCUCCGCCUCCCCAUCGAGCUCCGCCGCCAAAUCUACCUGUCCCUCCUCCCCCACACGCUCCACCUCGCAGUGCGAUACCAGCGGCCCGCCGACCCGACCCCACGCGCCGAGUACAACCUGACCUUUGUGCGCCAAGCUGCCUCUCCCAACGGGUCGUGGAAGAUGCAGAAGACGGCGCCCAAGUCGGACCGCGAGACGGGCAACGAGAUCGUGUGGCGGCGCGGCUGCACCGCCCUGCUAGCCGUGAACCGGCAGAUGCACGAAGAGGCCGCCGACAUGCUGUAUGGCGAGAACACGUUCGUGGUCGAUGUCACGUUCGACAGGCUUGCGUUUCGCUACCGCUGGCGCACCGAGAGUGGGUUGACGCCCAGCAGGCAGCUGGACUGGCUGGCGCAUUUCAGCCAGCGGAAUCUGCUGCGCGUCAGGGAUUAUGUGGUGAAUGUGGAGAGCGUGGAUGACUACACGGGCAUGAUCAAGUACAAUGUCGGAGGGAGGGGACUGCCUGUGGGGAUACGGGCGAAAGUGAGGGAGCUCGUGGAUUUGAUGGUUGUGGUGAGGGAGGUGAGGAGACUCGAGGUGCAUUUGAUCGACGGCGAUAUCAGCAGACACCGAUUUCCGAGUGGCAGGGUGCACAGGGUGCAGGAUGAGAGUCACUACAAACAGACGCAGACCGUGUUGGAUCCGUUCAGGGCGCUGUGUGGGGUAAGGCAAGUGCAUGUCACAGGCGUGAGCGAAGAGUACGCCAAAGCGUUGGAAGCAAGCAUGGCUGCGCAACAGGGUGCAGCCCAUGCGUGA